UUCCUCGGAAAGUCGGAAACGUUCAGUGAGCAUACAUUACAUAGACGACGCAUAACAGCGUCACAUCCCAGAAACAUGAACUCUUUGUACGCCUGAACUCGCCUGAAUCGUAAGUAAAUAGUGAUGAUAGUGAACACGGUUAAGUGCGGGGUGCGGACUAAGGAAUUGAGAAGAAAAGGAGUGAAAUCCGUAGUAAUGAUGGUAAUGAAUGAGAUGGUUAUCGUGUUCCGUGUUAUUAUGCGUAAUAUUAGUGAUCCGUUCAUAAAAUUCAAGUGGAGCUGCAGGUUAUUGUCAGAAGUGUUUGAAAUCAGCUGAAUGUAGAAAAAAAGCUGGAGUAUUUUUGACAGCAAUAUUAAACUCAAUAAUGGCCAUGCUUGUGGUAAAGAAAGAGCGUUUACUUAUAACAUGUGGUUUAAAAGCAAUUACAUGCAAUAUUGGAGAAGAAACUUGUUUUCAGUUAUUGGACAUUUCAAACAUUAGUAAGUGCUCAACCAAAACUGCCAAUUGUGAUCGAGAUAAAGAAGCAGCAGCAAUUAAUGAAGCACAUGUAGUGGCUGCAGACAUUUCAAGCUGUGAAAAAUAUGUUGUCCUCUGUACAAGUGAUAAACAUCUGAGUUUAUGGGAGACAGAUAAUUUGUCUGUGAUAAGUAAUCGAACUUCGGCCCGUAUUGCAAGUAAGGUUAGAUUUGUGCCAUCAGGUAGAGCCAUUGUUUUGGCAGAUAAAUCUGGGGAUGCAUAUCGUUUUUCAGUUGAGAAACCUCAUGAGGAUGGGGAAUUACUUCUGGGACAUAUUUCAUUGUUACUAGACAUACUGGUCACAGCAGACGAGAGGUACAUAAUAACUUGUGACCGUGAUGAAAAAAUAAGGGUGUCAAGAUACCCAAAUGCCUACAACAUUCAAUCAUAUUGUCUUGGCCACAGUGAAUUUGUUACAGGAUUGUCUCUUCUUCCAACUGAUGAGACUGUUCUUAUGUCUAGUUCAGGAGAUGGUACCAUAAGGUUGUGGGAUUAUGCAGCUGGUAUAGAGUUGUAUGUAGUGGACUGUAAUGGUGCUGUACCUACAAAAGACAUCGUAGAAGACAAUCAGACAGACAAUGGAGGAUGCGUACUGCCAGUUAGACUUAUCACUACUUGCAGCCUAGACACCACCACUUCAUUAUUAUGCACCUGUGUAUCAAAAUUCCAAGGAUGCCUUGUGUAUCAUGUUAGAGGUCAUUCAAACAAUAUCACCGCAGAUUUAAUGCAAGUUCUGCAGUUGCAAGCAGAACCAUGGGAUAUUUCACUCACCUCACAAAUGAAACUGUUGGUUUUAGGACCUGUUGAUAGAAAGCCCCUUUGUGUAUUUGUGUGGGACUGUAAGAUUUGUCAGUUUGUGGCUUGCAGUGACAUGUCAGUUGCCAUACAGGUCAACAGUAGGUGGGAUCUGUUUCAAAGUAUUGCUCCAGCAGUACUUCUACCACUGCUUUACAAGCGCAAGUUUGACAACGUCCAGGUUUGUCAAGAGAGAAAGAAGCAGAGAUUAGCAGCCAUUCUUGCAUCAUGUUCAGACACACCAGCAAAGUAGGUCUCAUGUAGUGAUCCUCAUCUAAGAUUUCUUUGUGCAUCAGUGGAUUUGGACACUAAACUGAAAAAUGUCACAGCUGGAGGAAAGUCAACACUGACAUAUUUGUGAGUCCCACUCUAUUCUGACACUUGUCAUUUUCAUUGAAUGAUGUCUUGUAGUAGUUGUGUAUUGCUUGGGAGUGACAAUUUAAAAAAAAAAAAAGACUGCCCAAAGCUAAUUUUUCAUCAGUUUAUAGAGAGGUGCAUCUUCAGAGAAGGAUGUUGCUCCUCUAACAAAAUUUAUACUGACAUUUACCAGACAAAAUGUCUGUCUGAAACUCUUUUAUUAACAGAUGUAAUGUUAAUUAGGUACUAUGAAAACAGUUUUAACUAGAUGUUGAGUCUGAAAACACCAUCUGACAAUAAUAUACCAUUGAGUAAGUCCAGUAUAUUGAAAGUUUGUUUUUUGUUAUUUGGUAUGUUCUGAUUUGAGUAUUUGUGCGCACAAUAACUUCAAACCAGAAUAAUUUACUUUUUCAGAACUCAGUUGUAUUCUUUGUUUUUCUUUAAUUUUGUUGGGAAUAAAUAUGUUUAUUCAUUAUA